AUGGUCAACGCCAGGAUGUUGAACGACGCCCGCCAGUUCCUGCAGGCGGAAGACCUCCCCGCCUGGCUCAUCUACGACUAUCUGGGCUGCAACCCCGUCCUCGCCCAAGUUGCCCCGCCGUCGGGCCACGUAACCCGUCCCGUCUUCCUGUUCGUGCCCGCCGCCGGCCCUCCCGCGUUGCUCACCCACCACGUGGACGCCGGCAAAUUCGCCGAUGCCGGCGAAACCGAAGAUGUCCAAACCGUCGUCUACAGCAGCCGCGCCACCCUGGAACAUGCCCUGCAGGCCGCGCUGGACGGCUGCUCCCGAGUUGCCAUGGAAUACUCUCCACGCAACGGUCUACCCCGCGUCUCCCGGGUCGAUGCCGGAACCGUCGAGCUGGUUCGCAGCAUGGGCACCGAAGUGGUCUCCUCCGCCGACCUGAUGCAGUACGCCACCCAGCGAUGGUCUCCCGAGCAGUUGGCGGGGCACGAACGCGCCGCAGAAAAGCUGGGCCGCAUCGUCAAUGAGGCCUUCACCCGCAUCGGCCAGCGCCUGGCCGAUGGCCCCACCGAGUUCGAGAUUGCCGAGUUCAUCCGGCGGCGCUUCCGCGAAGAAGGACUGAUCACCGCCGACGGCCCCAUCGUCUCGACCAACGCCCAUUGCUCUGAUCCUCACUACGAACCCGCCCCCGAGGGGAGCAGCGUCAUCGCCCCCGGCGAUUGGGUCCUCAUCGACCUCUGGGCCCGGGAGGACACCCCCGGCAGCGUCUACGCCGACAUCACCUGGACCGCCUACGUCGGCGACACACCGUCCGAGCGUCACCGGCAGGUAUUCGACAUCGUCCUCGGCGCCCGGGACGCCGCGCUAGCCUUCCUGCAGGACGCUUACGCCGCCGGCGAUCCCGUCCAGGGCUGGCAGGCUGACGACGUGGCCCGCAGCUACAUUUCAGAUCACGGCUUCAGCGAUUACUUCACCCAUCGCCUGGGCCACAGCAUCUACCACACGGUCCACGGCGAGGGCGUCAACCUGGACAACUUCGAGACCCACGACACCCGCCGCAUCAUUCCCGGCAUCGGGUUCUCCAUCGAGCCCGGCAUCUAUCUGCCCGAGUUCGGCGUCCGCUCCGAGAUCGACGCCUACAUGAGCGAGGACGGCCCCUACGCCUCGUCACCCGUGCAACGGGAUAUCGUCCUGAUUACGGCCCCGUGA